GCGGCGCUGAGUCCAGCCCCGUUGCCACCGAGUGCCGGGGCCGCUUCCUUCGCGACGCGGAAGUGCGAGUCACAUAAUCUCAGGGAGAGGAGACGUGAAUUAGGAGCCGCAAGCAGGCAGGUUUGUGACGGGGACACGAUGGCAACGAUGGACGGGCUGAAGUGUGCGUUGGCAGCGAGCGGCGACGAUGCGGCAGCUUCAUCUGGAAGGAAGAAAGUUGCCAUCAUCACCGGCAUCACUGGGCAGGAUGGCUCAUAUUUAGCGGAGUUUCUGCUAGAAAAAGGCUACGAGGUGCACGGCAUCGUACGUCGAUCUAGUUCUUUCAACACUGGGCGUAUAGAGCAUUUGUACAAGGAUCCUCACACGCACAUAGAAGGGAAUAUGAAGCUGCACUACGGGGACCUCACCGACAGCACAUGCCUUGUGAAAAUCAUCAAUGAAGUGAAGCCCACUGAAAUCUACAACUUGGGCGCACAGAGUCACGUUAAGAUCUCCUUUGACCUGGCAGAAUAUACUGCUGAUGUUGACGGUGUUGGCACUCUGAGAUUAUUGGAUGCCGUUAAAACCUGCGGCCUUAUAAAUACUGUGAAGUUCUACCAAGCCUCUACCAGUGAACUCUUUGGCAAAGUGCAGGAAAUUCCACAGAAGGAAACUACUCCUUUCUAUCCUCGAUCACCAUAUGGGGUAGCCAAGCUUUACGCCUACUGGAUUGUGGUGAACUUCAGGGAGGCUUACAACCUUUUUGCUGUCAAUGGCAUUCUAUUCAAUCAUGAAAGUCCAAGAAGAGGGGCUAAUUUCGUAACUCGGAAAAUUAGUCGGUCAGUGGCUAAGAUUCACCUCAGACAGCUGGAUUGUUUUAGUUUGGGCAAUCUGGAUGCCAAGAGAGACUGGGGUCAUGCCAAGGACUACAUUGAGGCAAUGUGGUUGAUGAUACAACAGGAUGAACCAGAAGAUUUCAUUAUAGCCACUGGUGAAGUACACAGUGUUCGAGAAUUUGUUGAAAAAUCCUUCAAUCAUAUUGGCAAGACCAUUGUCUGGGAAGGUCAAGGUAGAAAUGAAGUGGGAAAGUGUAAGGAAACUGACCAAGUGCAUAUAAAAGUGGAUCCCAAGUACUACAGACCCACUGAAGUGGAAUUCCUGCAAGGAGAUAGCACCAAAGCCCUGCAGAAGCUGGGGUGGAAACCGAAAGUUUCAUUUGAGGAACUGGUGAAGGAGAUGGUGGAUGCUGAUAUCGCUCUGAUGAAGUGCAAUCCGAAGGCAUGAGGACGGAUUCUAUUCCACGGAGAAGAGACGCGACACCUCUUCGUUGGACUAAAGAUGAAAUGCAACAAAUGAAAAAGCAAUGAUCUACGCUUCAAAUGAGCAGGGGAGAGGGAAUCAUAUUUAUAACGUGAUUGGUUCUUAAACGGCGGGUUGAAUUAUGUACUAUGAUUUAAAAAUAUUGCAAAUGAAUCACAGUAAUGGCUGGUGAGAACUGCUGGAACGAUGACAAUUUGAUUAUUUUAAUUUUGCCUUUAAUAUUGAAACUUCUUUAUAAACUGGGUGUUGUCGUAAAUGAGAUUCUGGAGUAACCGUGAUUUUUUUUAACGUUCUACAUUAAAUAAGAUGUUUAAAAUCGACCAAUUCCUGAAAAUGACUUCUUCCUCAUUAAAAGAUGACUGUGCUGAUUUCAAA